GCAGAUACAAGUAGCUAAAUUUGAUAGGAUUUUUAUAGAACAAAAGUGAAAUCUUGCACUGACAGCCAGAAGGAUAAACUCAUAAAUGAGUGGUUAGAAAUGAUUGAUUCUGGCGAAAAUUAGGUAUGUUAAUGAAUACUAAAGCUCACUAAUCUAAUUUGUUCAGUGUGGUUGAAUCUUGAGUCUGUGUGGGAAAAUAUUUCUUGCAGAAUAGAAGAGCCCACACAUGAUUCAUUAUCCUGAGAAAGACAUUAGACACAUUUAGGCUAUAGCUGGAAUAGCCUGCACUUUAUCCGUCUUCUCCGUCUCUUCAGUCAAUUAAACUUUAGCAAUUACACUCUGUAUAGCGGUUAAGUAAAGCAUUGAACCACUUUCUGCCAUUUUUUUUUUAUUAUUAUGAAGGUUUCAGUUUCCACUUUACGCAAGGGAACGUGCGCGAGGCUCUCCGGAUUCUGGUGCGCUCAGUUCAAAAUGUUUAAAAACUUUACCCUGUGUAAAUGCUUAUCUGCAUUGGUGGCACUGAUCUUGGUUUCCGCCUACCAUGCUGUUGGAACUACGGAUGAUGCUCUUGUCAAAUGUUUACAAGACCCUGAUUACGAUUACCUUCUGAAGAUAACGGAACAAGGUCUUCCUCCGACAAAGACCCCUCAACAUGUGAUAAUUGUUGGAGCAGGUUCUGCUGGACUCACUGCGGCUAAGUUUCUGGAGGAUGCAGGACAUAAGGUGACAAUUAUUGAGGCAAGUGGCCGUAUAGGUGGAAGAGUUCAAACAUAUAGGGACAAAAAAGAGGGCUGGUAUGCAGAACUCGGUGCCAUGAGGAUUCCAAGUUUCAACCGGAUUCUCUUGAAUUUCGCAAGAAAAAGUCUGGGCCUGGAGUUUGGACCGUUUAAACAGGACGAUGAAAACACUUUCUAUUUAAUAAACGGAUUUCGUUAUAAAACCUACACCGUGAAACAGAACCCAGAUGUUCUGAACUACCCAGUAUAUGACUGGGAAAGAGGGAAAAGUGCUAGUCAACUGUUCAACAUAGCGUUGGGCAAGUUAAUAGAUGAUCUGAAAAAAAUGGGCUGUGAGAAAAUGUUGUACAAAUAUGAUUCAUACUCAGUUAAGGAGUAUUUAGUGAACGUGGGAAAUUUGAGCAGAGGAGCUUUGCGGAUGAUUGGUGAUAUCCUGAAUGAGAACAGUUUUUUCUACACAGCCCUCACUGAAAUGCUCUACAUCCAGUCUGAUAUAAACGACAAUGGAACGUAUUAUGAAUUUAAAGGUGGCUUUGAUACAUUCUCAGACGCAUUCUACUCUGUGCUAAAUGCCACAGUCCUUACGCGCUCAAAAGUCCAGGCCAUCAGCCAAACGAAGGACAACGUGACAGUUUCAUACAAAGACUCGCAUAACCACGGCACCAUGACCAACAUUACUGCUGAUUAUGUCUUGGUGACGGCCACAGCCAAAGCAACGCUCCUCAUUGACUUCAACCCUCCGCUGUCUGCUGAAAAAAUGGAAGCGCUGCGGUCGGUGCACUAUUCCAGCUCCACAAAAGUAGUGCUAAGUUUCAGCAAAAAGUUCUGGGAGAAUGAUGACGCCAUCAAGGGUGGAAAAAGCAUCACAGAUCUGCCAUCACGGUUCAUCCACUACCCCAGUCAUGACUUCCACGGGAUAUCAGGCGGGGCUGUGUUAGCUUCUUACACCUCAUCUGAUGAUGCUUCACUCCUACAGACUUUAAAUGAUGAGGAUUUGAAGGCUCUGGUCUUAAAUGACCUGGCGAAGAUCCAUGGAGAACACAUCCGCCAGUUCUACACCGGGGGUGUUGUGAAAAAGUGGGGAAUAGAUCCUUACAGCCAUGGUGCCUUUGCUAUCUUCACUCCAUUUCAGAUGAGAGACUAUAAUGUGUCUAUAGUCCAGAAUGAGGGGAGGAUUCACUUUGCAGGAGAGCACACGGCCAGACCUCAUGGCUGGAUCGAGACUGCCAUGAAAUCUGCUCUGCGAGCUGCAGAUAAAAUAAAUAACAAUGUAAAGUAGGAAACAAAACAUGAUGGUAUCAGUUGUAACCCUCUUGUUAACUGCUUUACCAGGUUUUGACACUCUUAGAGAGUUCAAAAUAUGACUUGAAAUGAUAGAUAUUUCUCAUCUGUCACUCUUGCCUGACUUUGUUACUUCCACUGCCAUGAAACAAUUUGUAAAAUAUCAGUUACGGCAGUUUGUCGUAUUAGAUUUUUUAAUGACAUGUAAAUAUAUAGUGAUCAUUUAAGCACUUAUGCGAGAAACAUGACAAUACAAUGUAACAUUAAUCAUUAUUCUGAAUUACAUUGCUGUCGACAUAUGAUGUAACUGUCAACAUGUAGCAGUGCACCUAAACUACACAAAAGCAAGACUUCAGAAUAUUUUUAAAUGAUUAUUUUAAAUUAUUAUUUAUGAUUACUGAAAUGUUAUUUCUUUAUUUAAUAUUCUAGUACUCUAUUUGUAUGAUUAUUUGAUUAUUAAGAGUAUAUAUUAAACUGUUGAAAUAGUAUUUACGCACUCUUUGUUAUAAAUUUACAAGUUGAGUGAAUAUAUUAAUAAAUGUGUUAUAUAGAUUAAUAAAACACUGAAUUUUUAAAAAAG